AUUUUUUUUAAUGUGUCUUAAAAUAAAAAAGGCAAAGACGCUACUUGAAACAGUCAAUCCUAAAAUGGCUGCACUAGUUGUACAAUCUAGAUUUGCCGGAUUGAAAAUCGAAGACGACGACUACCCUACUGCUAGUGAGAGUCAAAAGUCGAAGAAAUCUAAAAUAGCCGCUGCCAAAAAAAGUGAACCAGCAAAGAAAUCUAAGAUCAACGCCAAUAAAACACAGAACGCACCUAAGAAGAAAAAGUCCAAACCCAAUGCAGUUUCUUCUAAUCAAUGGGAACAAUGGAAGCAAAAGGAUGCAGAACUUGUUGAUGGGAACUUUGAGUGUGAAUUGCAACAGGCAAUACUUUUGUCUAAAUUGGAUUAUGAAGAAAAGAAAGAUGUAUACAAACAAAUAAAAAAAGAAGCUGAAAUAGAAAAGAAAGUAGCCGAUCAAAAUUCUCGCGGAAACAAUAAAAAACAAAAGAAAAAGACUGUAAUGAGUCUCGAACAAUUUAAUGAUAUGAUGAAUCCUCCAGAAGAUACUGGUAAUGCUAAGCUUGAUAAUGAGGAAUACAAUAAUAUAGAGGAAGUUAAAGCAACAAUCAAGGACACAGAGUUCUUUGAAAGAGUUAAAGAUGAUACCAGGAACGAGCUUAUUAAAGAACAGAUUAAUGAUAGAGUUCGCAAUCGGCAGUUUCUUGCAGAUGAAAUAAUCACCAGGGUUCAGUUUAUAGACACCAUUGAGAGGAAGGAUAAAGAAAUAGAGAUCUUAAGACAAGAAGUCACAAGUCUCAAACAGGAACUUUUAACUGUUAAAUGUAGAAAUAAGAAAUUAUGCAACAUACUCGGUCAAGGUGAAAUGAAAGAUAAAGCAGAGGUGCUGGUGGAGGUUGAACGCUUACGAGCAGUACAGUCGGAGCUCACAUCCGAAAUAGCAGCUUUACAUACUGAAUUGGAGAAGGAACGUUCUAAGAAUGCCCAGGACCCACGGAGUAAAGAUAAGAAGAGAAGGGGUCACCUCUGACAAAGGAAAGUAAAAGGCUAGUUAUUUAACAUUACUGUUCAAUGUAAGUAGGUAAUAUGAUUAAUUUUUGUCAAUGUAUACUAGUUUUCUAUUGAUAAGUCAAUUCUGAAUUUAUAUUUAAAAGGUAUAGUUUUUGUAUAAGCAAUUAUUUAUAGGUAC